CUCCUUGUUGUGUGCACACAGCCAAUUGAGGCUACCAAAUCCUGGGUCUGAUUGGAGACGCAAGCUCGCAAACCCAAGAGAAAAACCUCGUGAGAACCUGACAAAACCCAGAACCACUUACACACGGUUGCUCGGCGAUAUUACUCAGUGCGAGUGGGAAGACAUGACUGGCGCUAUCUUCAACUGGGCUUGAGUUUGUUGUCUCACUGAGCCGACUACCACCCCCCAAAUGUUGGCGAGACUGCGCCUGGGGCCAUGGAGCCCAUCCGGCACCACGAACCUCCUGGCGUGUCAGAGAUUAUCAGCACGUGCUGUUCACCUUGAUCACCGAGUCCGUCUGCAGAACAGCUAUGUUCCACAAGGCGCCGUGACUGAUAGGAAUCGCAAAGCCGAAGAAGAUGGGCAUUCAAAGCUCAUCCGUGCCGGCUUCCUCCGCCAAGCACACGCUGGAAUCUUCCAUCUCCUGCCGAUGGGCUUCAGAGUACAGGAGAAGAUAAAGCGUCUUAUUGACAAACACAUGCAAAGCAUUGGGGCUUCGAGAGUAUCCCUCUCUGCCAUUUCCUCACCCAGCCUCUGGCGUAAGAGUGGACGUUAUGACAAGAUCGGUUCGGAGUUGUUCCAACUAGUAGAUCGUAAAGAUACACCCUACCUGCUGUCUCCCACGCACGAAGAGGAGAUCACGAGUCUUGUAAGGCAGACUGUGGUCUCGUACAAAAGUCUUCCACUGAGGGUAUACCAAAUUACGCGCAAAUAUCGCGACGAGUUCCGGCCGCGCAAAGGGCUCCUACGGUCUCGAGAGUUUAUGAUGAAAGAUCUAUACACCUUCGAUGUCUCGAUCAAGAGUGCCCUGACGACAUACAAUGAAGUCCGCGCCGCCUACGAUAAACUGUUUUCUGAGCUGCGCCUCCCAGUGUUGAUCGCCGAGGCCAGCUCGGGAGACAUAGGAGGCGACCUCAGUCACGAAUACCACCUGGUGACAUCCCAAGGCGAAGACGAUGUCAUCAAGUGCGAUGGUUGUGGCUACACAGCAAACUCCGAGGUGGCCGAGACCUCCUUGUCUAUACGCCAGGACCCGGAUAUUCCAAAGCCAACGUCUGCAGAUGUCAAAGUGUGGCGCGGUAUAUCAAAGGAUAGACGUACGCUCGUCAACGUCUGGUACUCGGGGCCUGCCCGCGAUGCAGAGAGUGUGAACAUCCAUGCUGUCAAACGCCUCGUUCCGAACAUCGAUACCAGCAUUGAGGAUGCCUCUGACAGCUGGUGGGCUGCUCUCCGGCCGCCCGAGGAGGUCGAAGGAGGGUCGGCUGAUUCUUACGCGGGCCCGAGGCCAUCACUACGGUUCGUCAACCUGGUUGAUGGUAGUAUCGCCCAUCUGAACAUUCGGGCCCUGGCCAAGGAAGAGAUAGCAUCAGCUGUUCUACCAUUUCGGAAGGAAGCCGCAGCGGAGCUGGAUGUUCCUCUGCCUGAAUUCAUCUCCAACGACAAGCACGGCGAACAGCUUCGCCUCCUGGCAAUCCAAGAUGGAGAUCCGUGUCCAAAAUGCGACUCGGGCGCUCUGAAGGUCACGCAGGCCAUCGAGCUGGGGCAUACCUUCCAUCUCGGCGACAGAUAUUCGGAGCCUAUGGGUGCCUCUAUUAAUGUCCCAUCCUCGAAAAUCGACCAAGACGAACAAGCGGCUACACCGUGCUCGGCGGCCGACUCCGCCGCCAGGGGAUCGGGGGAGCAUGAGAUCAAGGUGAACAUGCAGAUGGGCUGCCACGGCAUCGGGGUGUCGAGGAUCAUGGGUGCCGUGGCAGAUCACCUGGCUGACGAUAGGGGGCUCAACUGGCCCCGGGCCAUCGCCCCGUACGAGGUUGCUGUCUUGGCGCACACGAACCUUGACGAGGAGGCGGUGCAGGUGUACGACAUGUUGGACAGAGGUGGCAGUAGCCGAGACGCUGCGUCGCCUCCGACGGCCCCACUGGACCUGCUCCUGGACGACCGCGACCGGAGUUUGCCAUGGAGGCUGAAGGAUGCAGACUUGAUGGGAUACCCUGUCAUUGUCGUGCUGGGCAACGAGUGGGGGAAAACGCGCAGGUGCGAAGUGCAGUGUCGCCAGCUCGGAGUCCAAGAGUUUGUGUCAGUGGACGAUCUCUACUCUAGGGUCAGCGAGCUUCUCGGAAAGCUCUAGGCCAGGCUAGAUAGGGCUGGGAGCAUACAAAGGGGACAGACAGGUAAGCACGCCGUGUUGUGAGGUGUGCAUAUGCAAAUACGAACAGCUCCAUUUGUUGUAUCCGGG